AACAGAAAUCAGAGAUAUGGCCAUACAUUAAUAUUUCUACAAUCAUUGUUCAUUUAUUUGGGCAUAUUGGUUGUAUAAAAUUACACUGUGACUUGGGAAAUUAUGUGUUACAUAUAUGAAAGUGUAAUUGUGGCAGCAGGUGCAUGUGUUACAAUAAUAUUUGGAAAUAUGCAAAUUAAUGAAUUUUACACUUACAUACUUUCUGACACUUUACUCAAAGUACCGCAGAUAUGUUGUAAAUACUGUAUGUGCAGUACAGAUAACUUUUUAUAUUAGUGAAAACCAUUAACAUGCAUAUUGUGUUUUUCAUGUAUAGCCAUAUGUAAAAUAUUUCUUUGGAAAAUGUUGCAACAAAUAUAUUUAUGCAAAAACGAAGCCAACUGUGUUCCAAACGUCAUAAAUAAUGCCUUAGGUGGCACUUCGAAAGAAGAACAAUUGAAAAAUAAAAUAAAAUAAAAAUAACGUUGAGCUCUCAGAGUGGAUGGUGAAGUAUUUGACAGCAAUUGGUCAUAGGGGUGAUAAGUCUGAAUGUCAGUGUCCUCUUUUCUCCAUGAUAUUAUCUCUGCAUGAGGAAAGGGAUGUGUGCGUGAGAACUGUCAAUUGCGUGACUGGUUUGCAGCCCUGGUUUCUACAAACUCAUCUUGUGACCACAUCUGUAUAAUUUCUUCAUGAGGAAUCAGUAUUUAAAGGUCUUCCUGUUAUUUCUUGGAUCAGUAUCACUUGAGCAGCCAACAAUGAUAAACGGGACGCUUUACAGCAUCUGCUUAAUCACAGCGAUGAGGAAUGAUUAUAAAAGGUUGGAAAACACAAUAAAAGUGAUUUCUCAGAUCUUCUACAUUCUGACGUUUCUCGUCGGAGUUCCAGGAAAUGUCUUUGUUGUGUACAUCGCUGGAAUGAAGAUGAAGAGGACCGUUAAUACGAUAUGGUUCCUUAAUCUAGCGAUUGCAGACCUCAUGUGCUGUCUUUCUACACUGUUCUAUAUGAUACGGUACUCUAUUGAUCACUGUCCAUUUGGAUUUGUCAUGUGCGAUAUUUUUCCAUUUGUUAUGUAUGUCACCAUGUUUGCGAGUGUCUUCAUCUUGAGUUUGAUUAGUCUGGAUCGGUUUACACAGGUGAUCACUCCAGUUUGGGCUAAAAAUCAUCGCAGUCUGUUGCUUGCACGACUGUCCUGUGCAGCGGCCUGGAUCCUGUCUAUAGCUCUUAAUAUGCUCUCUAUGAUAUUAAGAGUAAACUUUGAAUAUGUUAACGACACAUACUGCGAAUAUUAUGCUUACAUUGAAACAUAUAGAAUGUUGACUAUCAUCAUCUUUGUGUUUGGUUUUUUGAUUCCUCUCAUAUGCAUCGUCACAUGUUAUGGAUUCAUCGCACGAAAGUUAGGCAGGAGUCGUUUUCACUCUGGACGAGCGUUUCGCAUCAUGUCGGCUGUUAUUGUGGCAUUUUUUCUGUGUUGGCUGCCGUUCCACAUUGUGUUUUUGAUCUGGAAGUUUGGUGUGAAUGAAAGUGUCCAGGUGGCCGUUAGACUUGCCCCAUUGGUCAUCUCUUUGGCGUUUUUCAACAGCUGUCUGAAUCCAGUUCUGUAUUUUUUCAUAGGGCAGGAUAUUAAGGAGAAGUUUAAACUUUCAUUAAAGUUAAAACAUGUUUUUGAAAGAGCUUUCUCUGAGGAGGAGAUACAAAUACCACAAUCCACCGAGACACAAAUAAAUACAAUCAUUUGUAAUGUGGAGAAUAUAGAGAAGAAAUAA